AGUUACAACAUUUAUAAAGUUAAAAUCAUUCAUUUCGCACUGUAAAUGAAAAGUAAACAGUAAUUUUCUACUGUUUCAAUUAUACAGUAAAAUAUUUUAUUAGUGAAGACUGGGAUUAAAAAGUUCUCAUGUUUGUAAAUUUCAAGAAUACACACGAUACACACUUUGUAUACUUUCUGCUGAAGGUUAGGUUAAGUGACAUUUGACGUAUCGUUAAUAAUUGUAGGCGUGUGACAAACUACAAAAGUCAAUCAAAAACAUUACAAGUCAGAAUUGGAUGUUCUAUAAAAUUAAAAUAAAAAGUUGCUUCAAAGAUGUGAUCUUUGGUGUGAGUUACAUGGUUUGUUUAAGGGGCGUAGCUAGCAAAGCGUGUAUGUGAAAAACUAUAGAGAAAAGUGUCAACAGCUUGACAACAUACUGAUUUUUUCUGUGCAACAAUGCACAAGGAAUGUAAAAAAUAAGAAUUUCGUCUUGUCUGGUAUUUUAUUAUCAGUUGAAACUUUAAUCAACUUCGAGUUACUAUAGUUUUAAAAUGACUUGAACGUCGUCCAAUAUCCAUAUCUCAAGAUCCAGAUCCAGGAUCUGUUCUACUCAUGGAAUUGAACCCUCUGGACAGAGAAGAAGACAGCAACAUGGUAUAUUCAAUUUUUAAUGAAAAUACCUGGUACUACUGGGUCAUCUCCGUAGGAACGUUGCUGUCGUUUGUAGGACUAAUUGUUGCUUGUAUUUGUAGCUGUCGUCGCAAUGAUAACAAGAGUGAGUUUCUGGGACUGCCUGGUAUGGUAACGAUCACGCAUCCUGAUAGUGAGGGCUUCAACAGACUUCCGACAUCUGACGUCUCGCAAGUUAUUACUCAGGAUAACACGGAUUGCAGCAAAAGAACAACUUCUGCAAAUAGAAGUCUUCCAGACAUUCCAAAAGAUAAAAGCUCAAGUAGUGAGAGUAGAAUUGAAUCCACUCCUCAAGAUGUUAUUUAUGAGGCAUCAGAAACAAUCGCUGAUAAUUUGGAGCUCUAUGCCACAGUACAGGAUAAAGAAAGAAAGUCUGAACGAGAAACUUCAAGUAUAUCUCAACAGAGCUCUCAAGAAGAUCCAAUGUACUCAUACGCAAGACUUAAAACUCCUCAAACCAAUAACGACGAACAUCCUUAUGCACAAGUUCAAAACAUCGAGAAGACUGAGGCCAGCCAACUCAUAAGAAAUAAUGCUAGUCAGGGCAUAGACAGUUCUUCGCCAACAACUUCUGUCAGCCAGUCGAAUGCGAACCCAGUGGCACCCCCGAGAACUCGCAGGUCGUCAUCGCACAGUUCACUUCUGUCAACUGAAAUAGUGCCCGACAUUCAAGCUGCUAAUGCCAUAUCCGGUGAAGUUCAAGCGAAUCAAGACCUACCUUACAUGACGCCCCCUCUUUUAAUUCCUCUGCCUCAUCCACCGCAGGCACAGCACAGUAAUCCUCAACAACAUUUCAGUGGGGAUUCUCAAGAUUCUAAGGGAUACACAAGCAUAAGUGUUAGAGAGCCAUUGGCUAAUAUAAUAGCUGAAACAAAACAGAGACAGCCUUCGAGGUCAUUGAUGGAUUCACAUUAUGCAACUGUUUCUGAUGAUUCAGAUGAAAUGUAUGCUGCUAUCGAUGAACAAGAAAAAGUAUAUACAAGUGGAAGUGAAACUUAUGCACAAAUUCAACCAGCUGUCAGUGAGGUUGUUAGAGUUGUGCAAAAUGAAUCCGUUGCGUCCGCACCACCGCCAUCGCGGUUGGAGGAUUUACACUUGUCUGCUCCUCAGCCUCCUAGUGUUGACAGCUUACGUCACGUGGCCCAUGCUCACUCAAGACAAGCAUCGUCUUCAAGUGCUACGAGUUCAAUAGUGAAUCCAAGUUCGCCAAAGCCUGAGAAGCGCCAGGCGAAUUCUCCAUUGCCACCGCCGCCUGAGGGACUUGUGGACGUUUACGCUCAGCCAGAGAAACGAGACAAAAGGGACGAUCGUUUAAGAGCCAGCAUCGGUUCCGGUAAGUCUUUAGAAGACAUGUACGCUAAGGUAAUUAAGAGAAAGCGCGAGACUGAGGAAGUGCAUUCAGACUUUGUCGUCGCCAUAAAUGCAACCGUUGCAAAUGCGGAUCUGUCCGUUCCAAGAAGGAAGCUCAGCCUCAUCGAAGUGAGUCGAGCUUCUUGGUCUAGUCACGAGUCGGUGGAGAUUCAAAAGCGCGAGCAGGACAACUAUUACCACCAUUUCAGCACUGAAGCGAAUCACAAUUCGGAAGGACGAGUUUCGAAGGACGAGGGCACGCGAAUUCCGAGACCAGUUGACGCCAACAAUUCGGCUGCGAAUUCAGAGGGUGAUCACGGCUACGAGUUUGUCAAUUCGAACCACAAAUCGAAUUUGAAUUUGAGGAGCGAUCAAGCAUCGAGCGAUCCUAAUUACGAAAUGCUGAGACCACAGUACAAUGAAGCUCCGAAGAGUGAAGAUUACCCGAGCACCAGUGCAAGCAGGGAAGAGACUCUGCCCAUUUACUCGAUGCCUUUCAAGCAUCGACAAGUGAGCAACGCGAGCAGCGAAGAUCCGGGCUACGAGAGAGUGAGGCUGCCGAAGAGAGUCGACCUGGACCAGGACACGGACUCCGAGCCGAAUUACGAGAGCAUGCCCCACGAACCGAAUUACGCGUCCGUCUGCCGCCCUGGAGACAGCGACGGCGACCCCAACUACGAGUCCGUUCAACACAACGACCCGAACUACGAGAGUGUCAAGUACGUGACUAUGCCUCAGAAUGUCGACCCUCCCUAUGAGCAACUCAACAAUUAUGCGGCCGACAAUUCCACCAGCGGUGGCUACGAGAAGGUCAACAAGAACAAGAAAACUGAUCCCGAUUACGAGAAAAUCGAUCCGAAUUACAAUUCGGAGCAAACUCACAAUGGCGAUACUGACGACGAUCAGUUUGCAAACGUGAGAAGCUACACGGAGAAACUUUAUUCCUGAUAUUUUACUGAAUUCAAUUUGGUGAAAGUGGAAUGAAAGGCCAAAACUUU